CCGAAGAUUGUGGGGCGCGAAGCGCGUGCUCGCGGGCAGUUGUGCGGCGGGCGGGAGAGGAGAGAGAGCGAGUGAGGGAAGGAAGGAAGACACGGGCUCCCAGCGCGUGCGGACUCGCCCCCUUAGAGAGGUCCCUGCCUAACGCGUCGCCAUGUCCGAGGAAAAGCCUAAGGAAGGAGUAAAAACAGAGAAUGAUCAUAUCAAUUUAAAAGUAGCUGGUCAAGAUGGAUCGGUGGUCCAGUUUAAAAUAAAACGGCACACACCGCUAAAUAAACUAAUGAAGGCUUAUUGUGAGAGACAGGGUUUGUCAAUGAGACAGAUUAGAUUCAGAUUUGAUGGGCAACCAAUUAAUGAAACAGACACACCUGCACAGUUGGAGAUGGAAGAUGAAGAUACCAUUGAUGUGUUUCAACAGCAGACGGGUGGCAUGUGCUAAAUAUCCUGUCCUUUUGGGAAGAGGAAUGUAAAAUGUCACCUCACUUUAUCAUCUGUCCUUGGAUUUGCUAUUAAAUAGUAAACAAAUGAACAUGCCAAUCAUACAGGAAUCUUCUCAUGUUCUGAGGACACUUACCUAAAUUUUUCCUGUCCCUGAUAUACUGCGUGUGCAAGUCGAAGCUGUAUCUGUGGAAAAUAACUGCAUCAUAAAAUGGAUCCCGUUAAAAUUAAAUUUCCAAAUAAGUAAAAUAUUGGCUGUUGUCUGCUGUCAUCUUGUUCCUAUAAAUUUGUGGCCUAAAUACCAACCUACUGUAAGGGAAAAAAGAUACUUUAUCCUGGCUUCUGUUUUUGUUUUAUUGCUUAAUUAUGGUAAUGUAAAUAAUGAAAUAUUUUUCCUUGCAAUAGUAAGUUUCUUCUCAGUUAGGUGGCUUGGGAAAGAAGAAGGUUUUACUGUUAAAUGCAGUUAUUACUUCAAAACUGUUAAUGGGAUAUACAGAAAGGACAGUACUUGCAGAUACAAUGCUGAGUAUAGUGGCAGUUUAAGGUAAUGCAAAUGUACAUGUGCUUUUUCAUAAUAAAAUAGCAUAGAAUCAAACAAUUUUUUAAAGUAAUGGAAUGUCUUGAGUUUGUCAGCAGCUGUAGCACUUGCAUUUGUUAACGAUCACAUCUGCUUCUUAACUCACAUGUCCAGGGCUGUGCACCAGUAUAUUUAAUACAAUGUUUAAAGAAUGGACCAGAAUCACCUAGGAAGAUCUGCUGUUCAACUAUUAACUUUAAUGGGACUUGUGCAGGAGAAAUUAUUAGCAGAUAGUUCCCAAUAAGAAUACUGCUUUGCAUUAUCAGUUUAUUAGGCAAUAAAUAAAAGUGUGUAUAUUAUUUCCAUUACCCCUCUUAAAAGCUGAACUUGUACUCAUUUCUUUUUCUAGUAGUUUGAAAUACAUAGACUGGGAUUCAAAGGGUCAGCUGCAGUGUUAUGCAUACUCACCAGGGUUUUCCAUCUCUGCUUCCUAUAGCAACUCUUUGUUUCUUCCACAAAGCUGCUCCUGAGGGGUUUGGGAACCCUCAGAAACAAUUUGCAUUGUGGUGCAGGGGGAACAGCUGAAGGUGGGGAUAUUUGUGAUACCUUAACUUUUACAUGCACACAGAAAUGCUUUCUGCUCACACAUGAGGCUCUUUGGAUCCUAGCUGUGAAUUCAGAGUUCUUUUUAAUAUGUUCUGUUAAAUAAGUUAGGGUUUAGUUUAGUUUUUUAAAAAAAAUAAAAAGGAGAUUAAUUACAUUUGUAGGUCUGGUUCAAUGUGGAGGCAUUUCAUGGUUGAACACAACUUCUGAAUAAUACAACUUGAUUUUCUUGGACUUUUGCUGUACUCUUUCCUCAAAAAUUUAAAUGCAUUUUGUGGAGACAUCCAGCUUAUGAUGCUUUUUGGAUAUGCUUCAAAUGAAAAUGGUGAAGUCAUUCUGUUUGACUUUCAGUAGGCUAUCCAUUGCUGCUUACAAAGGUCACUUUCUGCCAUUUAGGUCUAUCUUUCCAUGUCAAGAUCAUCUGCUUGCUGGAUAUCUUGCUGAAAGAGUCUCUUUUCUUGUAUAUGGGCUAAGAAGGGAUAUUCUCUUAAAACUGUCAUUGUUUAUUCACCAAUUUGUACAAUAUUUGUUGUCCUUUACUACUGUAUACAGUCAAUAUAGUUUGAUACUCUGUCUCUUGGCUUAUGCUUAAUGGUGCAUUUCACAUGACUGUACUCGAAACUAUAACACUGAAAUGCUGACAACUUACUCAUAUGUUUAUCUUUAUUAAAAUUCUUUUAUUGAGAGUGAA